CUGAAAUAUUAGUCUAUUUCUUAACAGACAAUAACAUAUAGAAUUGAAAUAAAACAAGAUAAAACUAAGCUGAAAUUCAACUUCUUCCAAAGAUUAUUGGCCAUAAGUGACAUCUCUUGCCAAUAAUCUUUCAACGAUGUUGAACAUACACCAAUAAUACAAAAAAAAAUAAAUCAACAUUAACCGUCAGAAUCAUUCAAAAGCGACGACUUUUCCACUUAUAUCAGUUGACUUGUAAGUUUAUAAUAGACUUUCAAAAGCAAAAGUGAGCUUGAACUAAACUUAAAUCCUAUAUCUUAACUAAAAGAAGAAGCAAAUCAACUUUUUUUAGUUCCCAAAAAGAGAAAAAAAGAAUCAUACUUUACAACUUGUUUAAUCCAAACAAGUUAAAAUGCUAGCCCAAACAUUGUAUCCUCUGUUUUUAUCCCUGUUUUUUUGCAUACCUUUAAAAUUUUCACUACUUAUUAACUUUGCUGGUGCAACUCAACAUGAAGCAGAAGCUCUGAUCAAAUGGAAACAUAGUUUGCAUAGUCAGAACCAUUCAUUUCUUUCAUCUUGGGCACUUCCACGCGAUGUUUUAAGCGCGAAACACAGCACCAUUAUCACUCCAUGCCACUGGCUUGGAGUAGGCUGUGAUAAUGGAAGUGUUACAAGAUUAAACUUAACCAAUGUGGGUUUAACAGGUACUCUUUAUGACUUUAAUUUCUCUUCAUUGCCUAAUUUAUCUUACCUUGAUCUUCAUGAUAAUAAUCUCUUUGGCAAUAUCCCUUCUUCAAUCACUAACCUUACCAAACUUACUAGUCUUCAUUUGGGAGAUAACCAAUUCUCUGGAAAAAUUCCAUCAGAACUUGGGAAGAUAAGUAGCCUAAAAAACUUGAACUUAAUCAAUAACUUUUUUUCUGGGAACAUACCAUUUUCUCUAGGAAAUUUAUCCUCUCUUUCUCUCCUUAUCCUUGGAAAUAAUCGAUUAGUAGGCACGAUCCCUUCUGAGCUAGGACAUUUGACAUUGCUCAACGAGCUUCGUAUCAAUCUGAACAACCUUACAGGUCCCAUACCGCCUUCCAUUGGUAAUCUGAGAGGUUUGAAGGUUUUGUCAGUGUAUGGAAACAACUUAUCAGGGACACUUCCUAAAGAGUUUGAUAAGCUCACUAACUUAACCUUGUGUUUUUUGUCAAAUAACACCAUUUCUGGCUCAUUGCCUGAGAAAAUAUGUCAAGGUGGGAUACUUCAAGAUUUUUGUGCAAGUAACAACAGGUUUUCUGGUACUGUACCCAAAGGGUUGAAAAAUUGCACCAGUUUGACAAGAUUAAGGCUUGAUAGAAACCAUCUUGUGGGUAACAUAACAGAAGAUUUUGGUGUUUACCCAACUGUUGAUUACAUUGAUUUGAGCUACAAUAACUUUGAAGGGGAAAUUUCUUCCAAUUGGGCAAAGUGCAAAAACAUGACUAGCCUUAAGAUUUCGGAUAAUUUCAUAACAGGUAAAAUUCCUGCAGAGUUAAGAGAAGCAAGCAAGUUGCAUUUUCUAGAUUUGUCAUCGAAUCGUUUGGUGGGUGGAAUACCGAAAGAGUUGGGAAAUUUGCAGUCAUUGUUUAACCUUACAUUAAGCAAUAACAAGCUCUCUGGAAGCAUUCCCAGAGAACUUGGUAAUUUGCUUGAUUUAGCCUAUCUUGACCUUGGCGCGAAUGGUUUAGAGGGAACAAUCCCAGAAGAAAUUGGAAAUUUCCCCAAGAUGAUUUACUUGAAUCUAAGUAGAAACAACUUAAGUGGAGAUAUUCCAUGGCAGAUUGGGAAUCUUGUGAGCUUACAAGUACUGUUAGAUUUAAGCAGAAACUCACUGUCUGGUACAAUUCCGUUACAACUUGGGAACUUGGAUAACUUAGAGGUGUUGAAUCUUUCUCAUAACCAUCUUUCUGGUGAAAUCCCAUCAACAUUCGAUAAACUGCAGAGUUUGCUUUUGGUUGAUGUAUCUUACAACAACCUCGAGGGUCCUCUUCCUUACAAUAAAGUGUUCACAAAUGCACCCCUUGAAUCAUUUUUGGGAAAUAGAGCUCUAUGUGGCAACAUAACAGGUUUGAUACCUUGCCCGGCAACUCUGAACAUAUCUAAGGGAAAUGACAAAGAUCAUAGGGUAACAUUGAUUACUGCUCCCAUCAUAGGAGUUGGACUUCUUGUAUGCAUCCUUGUGGUGAUUGCUUUUUGUCUUAUGAAAGGUGAAAGAAGGGUGAAAACUCGAAAAGUAGACUCACGUCGAGAGAAUAUGUUCUCUAUUUGGAGCUUUGAUGGGAAGUUGGUGUAUGAAGAUAUAAAAGGAGCAACAGAAGGUUUUGACGCGAAGUAUUGUAUUGGAGAAGGUGGGCAUGGGAGUGUGUAUAAAGCAGUACUUUCAACAGGGCAAAUUGUUGCUGUUAAGAAGCUGAAAACUGUACAAAACCCGAGUUUUGAAAAUCAAAAGGAUUUUGAGACAGAAAUUGAAGCAUUAACCAAGAUCCGACAUAGAAACAUUGUGAAGCUACAAGGUUUUUGUUCCCAUGCACAACAUUCACUGUUGGUUUGUGAGUACUUGGAGAGGGGAAGCCUAGGGAAGUUGCUUGUGAAUGAGACAGAAGCAAUAGAGUUAGACUGGGAAAAGAGGAUAAAUGUGAUUAAGGGGAUUGCUAAUGCACUUUGUUACUUGCAUUAUGAUUGUUCUCCUCCUAUAAUACACAGAGAUGUUUCUUCCAACAAUGUGUUGCUUGAUCAAGAUUAUGAGGCUCGAGUUUCUGAUUUUGGCACUGCUAGGGUUCUGAGUAUGGAUUCUUCCAACUUGACUGAGCUUGCUGGAACAUAUGGCUACAUUGCUCCAGAGCUUGCUUAUACCAUGAAAGCCACCAAGAAAUGUGAUGUCUACAGCUUUGGAGUUCUAGCACUAGAGGUUAUAAUGGGAAGCCAUCCAGGAAGCCUUAUAUCUCCAACUUCGAGCUCAUCAUCCGUAGACUCAACAUCAUCCUCAUCUCCAACAGUAUCUUACACUUCUCUGCUCGGAAAUGAUCAAUUGAUCUCUAAAGAUCUCUUGGACAACCGUCUACCAUAUCCAUCAUCUGAAGUGGCUCAUGAGAUAGCAGUCAUCAUUAAGGUAGCUUUUGAGUGCAUUAGGCCUGAUCCACAUAUGAGACCAAAUAUGCAAUAUGUGUGUUACCAAUUGGUACCAACACGAAGGACAUCUGAUCCUACGGAAAUAGAGAAGGUCGUGUCAGAGGAUGAAAGUAGCAGCCAAGGCACAAGGAGCAUGAGGAGUUGUAGCUCUUCUUCAAGUCAUAAUCGUGUUGAUAUAGUCUAAGUUAUGAACACCCUGUAUAUGUUCACGUAGACUAUAUAGUUGAAGGAUUUCUAGCAGUACAAUAUACUUCCCGAGCAGCAGGUGAUAGCCUAGUGGUAUUGGCAUCACCUCCGAUUCUAGAGGUCAAGGGAUCAAGUCUCACCCCUUGCAAGGAGGGAUCUCCA